ACAGGGCUAUCCCGUUCCCACAUGUCGGCCGUUUGACGCCUUCUUUUGAUACAAGCCGUCUCCGCCAUGCGUGAAACCCACGCAGAUGGUUUAGCCGGGGCGGACAAGCUUCGAUGUAGAUCACACGGGGAAACCCGCAGCCGUCAUGCCAUUCCUUCUGUAGCAUGUAUAGCAGGCACUAGAGACUCGUGAAGCCUCCUCCCGCGGCGCCAUGAGCGGGGUCACAAGUAGCUAGCAUGCUGCGAGCGAAGCGAUGAGCAAUACUUUCCUGCGCGUUCGAGCCAUGUAUCGUGUGCUUCACUUCCCUUUCGUGCUCACGGCGGAGUCGACCGCGCUUGGCGGAGGGCCAGAAAAAAGCAGCUUUUUCCCUCUGUGCUCAGGAAACUGAUUUGUCAUAUUCAGGUAGAAGUGCACUAUGUUCCGGCCAGGAUGAGAGACAAGUAUGAGUCCGCGUUUUCAUCGAGAAGCUGUGAGAUACUCGCAUCUCUCGACGUCGUUGCUUCCCCUUUUCACUUUCCUGACUUCCAAGACUAGGUCGCUCAGUGGGAUUUCAACUUGAUUUGCCCGAACGAACCAAUUAACUAGGCGGGGGGAAUCUACAAUUUGAGAUCGGCAUUACCUGUGGCUGGCAGUAUGCUGCUCACUUUGUCUAGGAAAUGUCCUGCCAGCGGUAACAUGGGGGCGUCUGCUUCCGUUGCUAUGCUUCCGGGGCAGUCCAGUGUCUCAAAGCCAGGAGCAUGCCGGCAUUGGGACCACCUGGAACGAAGUGACCUCAGUACACCUACUCCUGCUGUAGAAUGCGAAACCUGCUCGCUGGGACAGGAAUCCGAUGACUCAGAUGCUUCUUGCGACACAUGGGACACCACUUCCGUAUUCGCCCCUCCGCUUCCUCUAUCACCGAAGUCCGUAGAUCGCACUUCUACUGUAUUCAUAUUUGAUCUGGAUGAUACACUGAUCCCAACGGAAUGGAUCCGUUCAUCGUACGCGGCGCAGAAAGAAGAUGGCCGCACGGCUGCUGAAGUCUACCAGGCGAUUUUGCAAGAAAUCAACGUGCGCACAAGGAACGAAUUGGUUCCUCACAUUCUGAAAGCACUGCGCAAGGCCAAGUCUCUCUGCAACACGGUUGCAAUCGUUACAAAUGCGAGGUCUCCGAGGUGGCUCGGAGUAUUCGAGUCCAUGUUUCCGGAGGUCAUACAACUGCUGAACGAAGAAGAUAUUCCCAUCAUCCGGUCCUGCCCCCAAGGACGGGAGCCCAACAUUUACGAAAGCUCCGCGUAUUUUAGUUACUGGAUGAACGCAAAGAAGAGGAAAUUUGAGGAAGUUAUCCGUCGGCAUCGCGAAAAGAUGCCUGGUACCGGUCUUAAGCGUGUUGAUCUGAUUUCAAUAGGAGACAAUGAUUUUGAGGAAUUCGCAGCCACGAAUUUGGCGGUGGAAUCUCCACAGUCGGUGCGCUUUGCGAAGGUGGUCCGCUGCCGGCCAGGUUUGGCUCCAGAACACUUUCUUGCUCAAUUGCGAGCCAUUCAGAGAGCUAUUGACUGUGUCUUCAUGGAGAGGAGCCCGCGCGAGGCCACGCUGGUUGGCAGCGGCGUAACUUACAGAAUACACGGAACACCAAGCCUAAAACCGCUACACUCCAAAGUGUAGUGCUGUCCUCAUCAUUGGACAUGUAACGGUCACUCAGGUGCGCCGAAGCAAAACAUGCCGAUGUUUCUGGUUGAGCUCCCAGCCCAACAAUUUAUGUUUUUUCCCCGAAGGUAUGCUCCUGUUCUGUUAAAGCUUUUUAACGGUUUUAAGGACUGUCGCAUUCGCACGUCGGGCGAUGAAUGGAUCCCCGGUGUCAAUGGCUUGUUUUCUUGUCAAAUUGUCACUUCCGUUACUACUGAUUUUGAUCCCCUUCACCGAUGGGAGACCGCAUUGGCAGACGCAGGACAAUUCUUGAGUCCGUCGAGUUUAAAAUCCCGUUGCCAUCGGCGAUCUUGAGGACAUCCGUGGGCCAAACGCAGUCAAUCGGCCGGUGUCCAUCUGUGUUUAUGCUCAGAAGAAAGAUGAGUUCAAGAGUGCAUGCGAAACUUGUCCAAAUAUGCAGAUACAUUUAGGAGUUAUGGGCACCAGCAGCCACAAGAGACGCUCGUGAAUAUUACCCAAUGAUGAGAAACUGGAGGGGGA